AUGUUUCCCAGGAUGGCUGUGAGCAGAGGCAUUGCUGCUCAUCACAUCAGUAAGAAUGUCACGUUAUACACAAAUGAACUGGUUUCUUCAGCCUCAAGACCCCAAACACCAACCUUUGGAGACCAAAAACCGCUCACGCUGAUGUUGCCUUGGUUGGGCUCACGUCCCAAAAGCUUCACCAAAUAUUGUGAAAUCUACUUCCACACCGGCUUUGAUGUGCUUGUUGUGGAGAGCGAGGUCAAUCAGUUUCUGUGGCCUCGAUGGGGUCUGGAACAUGGAAAGAAGUUGCUGGAGCUGCUUGAGAGUGAACGCUUUGUGUCCCGGCCACUGCUCAUCCAUGCUUUUUCUAUAGGAGGCUACACAUUUGCUCAGCUGCUGAUGCAUGUGUCCCAGGACACACAGAAAUAUCAGCCGCUCACAGGGAGGAUUAUGGGUCAAGUCUAUGAUAGCUUGGUUGUGGGCUCCGUGGAAAAUAUGGCCAUAGGUCUAAGUAAGACUCUCUUUCCUCGUUGGGAAACACUGGUCAAACAAACAAGUCUUCUGUACUUCGGCUUGUUUAAGGAACAAACAGUGGAUUACUUCAACAGAGCCAUCCAAGUGUUUUGGGAUACUCCCGUUACUGCUCCUGCACUGUUCUUCUACUGCGCCAACGACGCAUUAAGUGAUAGCCAAACCUUGGAGGAGUUGAUGGAUUACUGGCGAAAGAAGGGGUUGAACGUUACGUCGAAGAAGUGGCAGAUUUCAACACAUGCAGGUCACUUAAGGAAGUAUCCACAAGAAUAUCUGAGCACCCUGGAACGUUUCCUCCACACAGUCCACAUGACUCCGCUGAAGGCUAAAAUAUGACAUGGUUACAUGACAGCCUAAACAUUUGCUAACUUACUUGUUAAACCUGUAGUGAUAAUUGGUGUAAUACAGACCCUGCAGAGCUAAUACAACAAUAAUAGGACAAAAGAAUAAUAGGAUUUAUAUAUCAUAGAUAUAUAAAACAAUGAGCGAAAAACUGAAUAGGUAUGUAUACGUAUUAUGGAGAAAAUAUAUUAUAACUACAAAUGCAGGGGGUUGUACUCAGGGCACACAGAGGGAUGCAGCUUUCUGUCUGGCAGCAGCAGGUAUUUGAAGGUAAUGCACAAAUAUCAGAGUAUGAAGCAUGGUUGUGACUCUUUUAUUGAUCUUAUUAACAGGGAAAAAGUAUUUUAGUAUUACACUACUCAUGAAUGAACACAUUAUACCAUUUAAAUUACUACAUGAAUGUCUUUUAAAAUUGUAUAAAAGUCCUAAAGGGUGAAAUUAUUAGAAGGUUUUAAGUUUACAUUUUUUUUCUUAGCAGCUUGCAGCACUAUGUACUGUUUGAGGGUUUGUUAAUGCCUAUAAAUAAGCUUGUCACUCUACAACUUUAUUGUAGACAAUAUCCAAGCCUUGAUUUGAAUGUUUGUCUCGUAUCUUAUUUGCACAAAUGACUUCAUUCGAUUUUUUUUGAGUGGUUACCAUAGCAAUAACAUCAAUGCAAGGAUGUUUUUUUUUAAUAAUGCCUGUCUUUGUUAUUGCACAUCUGAUAAUCUCCAAGAUGCCAUGUGUUUCUACCUGUACUGUACUGCAUUGU